AUGGAUAGCUUUGCUUUAAUCAUCUUAUACCUGGGCAUUCUGGUAGUGCCGGGUGUUCUCUUCUCUGCGUACGGGCGCUUCUCGGCAUGGACAGCCCUAGCCCGCGCGAAGAGGAAGACCUCCUCCGAGAAACCCAACCGGUUCCCCGGCCCCAAACAGUAUCCCAUCGUUGGCCGCGUCCAUGACUUGCCCAGGUUUGCCAUGUGGCUCAAGCUAAAGGAGUGGGCCGAUGAGUUCGGGCCCAUCUACCAGACCAGCAUGCUCGGCCAGAAGUUCGUCAUCAUCUCUAACGAGGAGAUGGCCCAGGAGCUUCUCAUCAAGAAUGGGAACAACUUUGCGGGCCGGCCUCAGAUUCGGGCCCUCAUCGACCACAAGCUCGGGCCGGCGUACUCUGCACUGAUGGACCGUCAUGACACGUGGAAAUACCAGCGGAAAUGGGUCCACGCCGCCAUGGCCGCCGCCCACCAACACCACUUCUAUGGACACAUCGAGAACGAGGUCAAGCGGUGGCUGGUCACCUUGCUCCUGGACCCCGAGAAGUUCCACGGCAACACCCGCGAGCUGACGGGCCGCAUCAUCAGCCGCCUCGCGUGGGAUGACCCGACGCAGGGCAGGGCCUACGGCGACAGCGCCAUCGAGACGCUCACGCGCAUGUCCAUCUCGGGCCCCAUCGUCAACACCAUGACGCCGCUCUGGCACCUUGCCGACCUCGUCCGCCACAACCCGUGGCGCGAGUACGAGGUCAGGCGGGAGAAAGGACAGCGCGCGUGGUGGCUCCAGACGUUCCGGCUCGCGAAGGCGCGGUACCGCAAGGGCGACCUGCCCGCAGACACGUGGGCGUACCGAUACUUUGAACAGCUACGGGCGGCCGGGAACGAGGCGCUGGAGCAGGAUGAGAAGGCAGAAGACUUUGCGGCCUGUAUGCUCGGGUUCCAGUGCCUCGUAGGUGUCGUUACCAUUUCCGGGCCUCUGCAGUUCUUCCUCAUGUGCAUGGCGCUUCACCCAGAGUGGCUGAAGAAGUGCCAAACCGAGAUCGAUAGGGUCUGCGGGGACAGGAUGCCGACCCGCGACGACUUUGCCGAGCUGCCGACCGUGAGGGCUUGUCUGAAGGAGACUCUCCGAUGGAGGUCCGGAGUCCCGCUCGGAGUCCCUCAUCAAUGCGAGAACGAGUCCGAAUUCCAAGGCGUCAAGAUUGAAAAGGGAACCAUCAUUCUUGCCUGCGAAUGGAACAUCAACCGUAUCCCCGAAAAGUACCCCGACCCGGAGCACUACCGUCCGGAUCGCUUCCUGGACCCCAACUUUCCUACGUACCAAGAGCCGCUGACUCGGUACCCGAACUUCCGCGAGGGUGUCGGCAUGCACACCUUCGGAUGGGGCCGCCGAACCUGCCUCGGUCAGAACCUCGUCGAUGAUGAGAUGUUUGUCGCGGGAGCGGGCGUAUGUUGGGCGUUCGACAUGGGGCUGAAAAAGUGCCCUGCUACAGGCGACGACAUAACCUUCGACACCCAGGCUACGAACUCCAACGUCAUCCUCGAGCCCUUGCCUUUCCCCAUGCAGUUCAAAGUUAGAAGCCCGGAUAGGGCGCAACAGUUAUUGGAGGGGUACAGGGAAGUUCGUGACGUUUUGAAAGUCUGA